AUGUCGACCGAUCCCAAGAUCCAAGACCUGCUCAACAAGCCUAAGAGCGAGCUCACUGAAUACGAGGUCUCCCUCGUCGAGGAACAUGAGCUGACCGCCGGUCCUCUCUCCCUCCUCCAAACCGCCACGCGCACACACACCCAGGUCCUGAUCUCAUGCCGGAACAACCGCAAGCUCCUGGCCCGCGUCAAGGCCUUUGACCGCCACUGCAACAUGGUGCUGGAGAACGUCAAGGAGAUGUGGACCGAGAAGCCCAAGGGUGGUAAGGGCAAGGGUGUCAACAAGGACCGGUUCAUCAGUAAGAUGUUCCUCCGUGGCGACUCCGUCAUCCUCGUCCUGCUCAGCUGA